CAGGACUCGAUGGCCUAUUUAGGAUACAAUGACCCGCAAACCUUCUAUCCUAUACUAUCGCCACCAUGGCUCUCCGCACUCUCCCUGCCAGCUGGUACCGCAGCUCUCCUCUGUACCAACUGGAGCAGCGCUCGGUUUUUGCAAAGGCGUGGUAUCUGCUUGGUCCCCUGGUGAAAUUCUCCGAUGAGCCUGUGGUCUACGAGAUCGCGCAAUACGAGAUCGAAGCCCGCAAGAAGGAUGGACUCGUCACGGUGGUGGACCCAAAAACCAAGAAGCCGGUGAAGCACCAUAUUACCAAGACGGGGCUGUUGUUUUCCACCGUCACCGAUGAGGCUCCCUCCUUCGACGAGUAUUUCCCUGGUCUGGAGGAUCUGUUGGCCUCGGUGCAGUUCAAGCUGCCGUACCGUCAUGGGAUAUCAUACGACGGGAAGUUCAACUGGAAGGCCAUGGUCGAUGGUUAUCAGGAAUGUCUGCACUGCGCAUACACCCACCCUUCCUUCUCGGUACUGUACCCAUCCACCUCCUACCAGGUAACGAAUUACAAAAACUACUGCAAACACGUUACCGACCCUUCCAAGCCAGACGACGGGCUAUUUCUCUUCUUCUUUCCCAUCUGCACGCUGAACCUGUACGGCGGGGGGAUGAGUUGUUUCCGCGUGUGUCCGGUUAGCCCGGGGGUGACGCGGAUGGAAUUCGACUAUUAUCAUCGUGAGGACGGGGAGGCCUUUAACAAAUACUUCAAAUUCGUCAGACAAGUGGCGUUGGAAGAUUAUGAGCUGUGUGAGAGCGCGCAGGAGAACCUGCAGCGCGGGGUAUACUCGGAGGGGAUUCUGCACCCGGAGAGAGAGAAUGGUGUAAUCUAUUACCAGGAAAGAGUGUUUGAGAUGGUGAUGGAAGGAUUCAAAAACUUGCGCAAUUGAUUAUGGAUGGUUUUGCCUAAUCGAGUAUUGUUGUCCAUACUGAUAAGGGUAUACCUAUAGCACAUCUUAUAAUCCGAUGCAUAUAACCGACUGGUAGAUAGAAACUAUGAUCAACGUGUGAUUCUGUCAAG